GGAUGGGGGUUUGGGGGGGCUGCAGAGCGGCUGGCGGGGGCCCGGCGGGCGGAGGCGGGCGCUGAGGUGCCGGUGACCUGGGAGCCCAAGACCCCGCCGGACCCCCUGCCGGAGCAGGGAUCUCCCCCCGCCUCAUGGAGAACAGCCACGAACUACAGCGCCCGCUGCUGGCCAAACCCUCCGGGCGCGCCCUGGCUGGGGAGGCGCGGCGGGAACACCCCGGCUUCUUCUCUCGGCCCGGCUGGAGGCGCCUGCCCCCGCCACCCCCCGAGCUGGCCCAGCAGCUGCUGGACGCAGGGACCCUGCAGAGGACGGUGGAGCCGCUGGGCAGCCCCGAGCCGGCCCCCGCCCCGGGCUCCACAUGGAAGACCGGGGAGCCCCCCAGCUGGAGGAAGCAGGGGUACUGCGAGACGGCUUUCGGGGAGCCGGCCGAGCGCCCCAAGAAGCUCUUCCUGGAGAAGGACAUUCACACGGUCUGCUGCGAAGUGGGGGACGGAGAGCGGCUGCCUGAGUUCGAGAACGACUCGGCGAGCGAGAGCGAGAGCGACAGCGACUUCGGCCUGAUGCUGCCGCAGGACCACCUGGGCCUGGCCGUGUUCUCCAUGCUCUGCUGCUUCUGGCCCCUGGGCAUCGCCGCCUUCCACCUGUCCCAGAAGACCAACAAGGCCUCGGCCGAGGGUGAUUUCCCAGGGGCGCGGGCGGCCUCGCGUCGGACCUUCGCGCUGGCCGUGCUCUCCAUCCUGCUCGGUGUCUGCACCUACAUUGGGGCCGUGGUGGUGCUCAUCGCCUACCUGUCCGACAAGGGCCCCCCCUAGCGCCCCCAGGGGACGGACAGACAGGGGCCGGCCCAGCUGCCGCGGGCUCCCUGGACACGCCCGAGCCCAGCGCCGCGGGGAUGGAGGCCAGCAGAGAGAUUUGGACUAGCAGUUCCCUCCCCCGCCACCAGAGACAUGGGCCCGGAUGCCUGGGUUCACCAGGGAGCCUGAUUCGUGGUGACCGACCAGACCCACUUCCUUCCUUCCUCCUUCACUGCACCCCCAAACUGUGUCCCCAUUUUGUACGUCCCCCACCCCCCUGCCUUCCACUCAGGGUUGCGAUCAGUCCGACGGGGGCGCCAUACCCAGUAAAGGCCCCAUCCACUUUGCCUGCAUCUGCUGGGCAGCAAGGGGUCAGCCCCAGAGGGGAGGGGAAGGGUUAAUGCCCCAGGCGGGGGUGCUGCUUUCCCACUGCCCCCAGGGGUUGGAGGCCCAUAGAGAGGCCGUGGGUUAUCUCCUGGAGCCAGGGGGCUGGGAGCAGGACUCCUGGGUUCAAUCCCUAGCUUCAGGGGAGAGAGGUCUAGUGGGUUACAGGGUGGAGGCUGGAAGCCAGGACACUUGGGUUCAAUCCACAGCUGGGGGGUUAGGGCUAGUGGGUUUCAGGAGGGGGAAGAGCUGGAAGCCAGGACACCUGGGUUCUAUCCCUGGCUGUGGAAGGGGCAUGGGGUCCUGUGGUUAGAGCAGGGGGGGUUGAGGAACCAGGACUCCUGUGUUCUCUACCCGACUCCCUGUCUGACCUCAGCAAAUCCCUCCCCCUCUUGGUGCCUCAGUUUCUCCCUCCAACCCCAUGACAUCCUCACGGUUGAGACAAUUCAUCCUCAAACGAAGCAGGAUGCAGCCGCUUCCAUCCUGCGGCAGCCAAGUAAGCCCCCCGCGCUCUCCGCUGUGGGGGGAUGCGGCCGUGGUCCUGCCCCACUGGCUGCAGGCUCUCCCCUCGGGCCCGGAGCGUCUGAGCGGCCCUGCAGCUCCACCCCAGCUUGAUGGGCCCUCACCAGCCCUGCUCUGGCUUUUUCAGUGAAAGCCUUAAAUGUUCCCUUGAUCCCCGCUCAGGCGGAAAACUUCCCCAGGAGACGGCGUGGCUGGCUGGCUCACCAGCUCUGCUCUGACGGCGGGGAAACCGCGAAGAUCCACCCCACCCCGGUGCUCCCCCGUCCCACUCCUCCCUCCCCGCUCACCGGAGAUCGGGGGAGAGACAGCGAAGCCCCUGCUCAGCCAGGGGAAAUAGUGGCUUGGUGCCGGCUGGUGCUUUCGAGAGGCGCGGCUGGGUGGGUUUAACGGGUCUGCUCGCACGGUACAGCAGCGCCGAGCUGGAGCAAACGGGGCCAGGCCCCCAGCGGCUGGGAAUCAGCGUCGCUCCCGUUGGAGUCAAUGGGGCCAGGCCCCCAGCGGCUGUGAGUCAGCAACAGAAAGCAAAUUAGAGCAGCUGAGCUGCGCUCAGAAGCUAUUCUAGGUUCACACUAGUGUCAGCAGGAGAAUUUGGCCCUAAAUUGGUUCAGGCUGGUGCCACUCCCAGGAUAGCAGCCCCCCCAACCCGCCCCUCUCAGGCCAGGUUUUCUAAACCCCACACCCCA